UUAUUCUUUUCCGCGACACGAAACCAAGACAUAGAUAACACGUCCUCUGUUGAAAUCUCUCUCCAGCGGAAAACAAAAGAAAAUCGAAUGGAUGUGUGUCCGUUUCCAAGAAGAAGCAAAUGGAGAAGAAUAAACAAUCUCCCUUCCCUCCUCUUUAGCAUCCCAUCCCUGUUUUAUACUUCCAAAUCUCUAAAAUUCCUCACUUAUCCCACCUGAAAUACCUCGCUCUUUCAUUCUUUCUCUCUCUCCCUCUCUUUCUCUCUCUCUACAAUCAGAGGAAAACGGAUUUAGGGUUAGAGUUUUUUGUUUCUAUGGGGGUUGGCAUUUCUAGCUUGACAUCAGCAGCAGGAGAAGGCGAUGGCUGUCUCAAACCAGGGCUCGGCGACGUGCCGGAGAGCUGCGUCGCGUCCGUUCUCAUGCAUCUUAGCCCUCCCGAGAUCUGCCGGUUGGCGAGGCUGAACCGCGCUUUCCACGGCGCGUCGUCGGCGGACUUCGUUUGGGAAUUGAAGCUUCCUGGAAAUUAUCGGUAUCUUGUCAACAAGCUGUUAGAUGAAGUUCCGGAGAAUUUUGGGAAGAAAGAGAUCUAUGCAAGGCUCUGUCGGCCGAAUCCCUUUGAUGAUGGCACAAAGGAGGUUUGGCUGGAGAAGGGAACGGGAAGGAUUUGCAUGUCGAUUUCUUCAAAGGCGUUGUUGAUAACUGGGAUUGAUGAUCGGAGAUACUGGAAUUACAUUCCGACCCAAGAAUCUAGGGCACAUGUCUGUAGUAUCUGGCCCGCUCAUCAGAACAUGCCCAAAAAUCAAGAAGAUCCACUCAUCAGAUUCCACACUGUGGCGUAUCUUCAGCAGAUCUGGUGGUUCGAGGUAGACGGAGAGGUCGAGUUCCAAUUCCCAGUGGGGACCUAUAGCCUUUUCUUCAGGCUUCAGCUGGGCCGGACCUCCAAGAGAUUUGGCCGUAGAGUCUGUAACCCUGAACACGUCCAUGGGUGGGAUAUAAAGCCUGUUCGUUUCCAGCUAUCGACAUCUGAUGGUCAGCAUUCUCAAUCCCAGUGUUACCUAGACGAACCUGGGAACUGGAUCAACUACCACGUCGGAGAUUUUGCUGUCGAGAGCUCUGAUGCUCCGACAAAGGUCAAAUUCUCAAUGACCCAGAUUGAUUGCACCCAUACAAAGGGGGGCCUCUGUGUAGAUUCUGUGUUGAUAUACCCAAGUGAGUCUAGAGAGAAGAGAAAGCUUUGUUGAGUUGCAGAUGUCUUUGUAGCAUAAUUACUUGGUUGCUCAAAAGGCAUGAUCAAACCCAGGGUAGGGUUUUUUUGUUUUCCUUUUCUUACUUUUUUUUUUUCCUUGGGUGUCCAUGGAGAAGCAUUUGUAUGCAUAGAGAUGUACAUAUGUUCCUUUUUUAUUUGUUGAUUUCCUGAAUGAGCA